AUGAGCGACAUUGUAUUAAAAGAAUUAAAAAAGGAAGUUAAAGAAGCUGGUUUCUUUGUUAUCAUUGCGGAUGACACGAAAGACACAUCGAAGAAGGAACAAGUUGUCAUUGCCAUUCGGUAUUGUCUCCACGGAGGAAUUCAUGAAGAAUUUAUUGGAGUGGAAGAAGCAGGAGGGCUUGAUGCAUUGGGAUUAAAAAGGACAAUUUUGAACCAGCUUGGCAAGUUUGGGGUUUCUCUCGACAACUGUGUUGGGCCAGGCUACGAUGGGGCAUCAGUGGUAUCUGGGCAUUUAAGUGGUUUGCAGGCAUUGAUUAGAGAUAUAAACCCUAGGGCAUACUAUGUCCAUUGUUUUGCGCAUAGACUCAACCUCGUUCUAGUUGAUGCCUCUAAAUCGGUUUCAGUUCUCUCCAAGGUCAUCCGUGUUUACAGGAGUCGGUAUAACUUCAUCACAUCUAACGUUGUUCACAAGAAGUGGGUGGAACACCAAACCCAGCAAGAGUUAACAAUCAUGGAGUUCGGCCGACUGUCUGACACACGAUGGUCCUGCAGUGCAAGACAAAUAAAUAUGAUUGGGCUGCGUCUACCUACCUUAAUCAAUGUUCUAAAGGAUGUAGCAUCUAUUGAUAUGAAUGCUCAAAGAAGGACAGAUGCAAAGGGAUUCCUUUCACAGUUAGAUGCAGCAUUCAUCAGAAACAUCCACUUACUCGCAACUGUCCCAAGUGUGUGCAAGUUUGCAUCAGACAUGCUGCAGUCUAAAACCAACGACUUAGGUCGUGCCAUGGGCCUAAUAAAAAGCAAUGCAAGAUGCAAGAAUCAAAAGUGA